AUGGCGGGGAUUGAAACCACAGCCACUACCUUACAGUGGGCUUUAUUAUACAUGGUGGCUUAUCCUGAUGUACAAAAGAAGGUGCACAAGGAGCUGGAUGCUGUUCUUAAUGGGUCUGUAAUUUACUAUGAAGACAGAAAACGGCUUCAUUAUACUAAUGCUGUCAUUCAUGAGAUUCAACGGUAUGGAAAUAUAAUAGCUGUGGGAGUUGCAAGAACUUGCAUCAGAGAGGUGAAUGUCUGUGGCUACACCUUGCCCAAGAAUAUAAUGGUUUUGCCUAACCUGGAUACUGUGCUGUAUGAUUCUGAUUACUGGGACACUCCUCAUCAUUUCAACCCUCAGCACUUUCUGGACAAAGAUGGGAAGUUUUCAACAAAUGAGGCAUUUUUGCCUUUUUCUGCAGGUGCCCGGGUAUGUCUUGGGGAACAGCUUGCCCGGUAUGAGCUCUUUAUCAUUUUUACCACUCUUAUGCGAUCUUUCAGCUUUCAUCUUCCAAAAGGAGUAACAGAAGUAAACACCAAAUAUGUCUUUAAGUUGACCCUACAGCCUCACCCAUACAAGAUUUUUGCUAUACCUCGAUAG